AUGUUUUAUGACUCCCAUUGUUUUUGCUGUAGUAUCCUAUUUAAAAAUGUAUUAAGUUAUCCACAAUCGGACACGUUUAUCUGUGUACCUAUAAUACGUAUAUUAGCCAUACCUAAACAAUUAGUGUAUAUAAACCAUGGAAGAGUUUGCAGAUACUAAAGAAGAUGAAAACAAAAAAAUUGUUCACACCUAUCCACUGGUGCAACAGUGUGAUAUGUCAGAAGAAAUGAAAGCUGAAACGGUUGAAGUUAUAAUAACAGCCUGUGAAAAAUUUGGAACAGAUUACUUUGCGGCAGCCAAGACUGUAAAACAAAUGCUCGACAAAAAAUACGGUCCACAAUGGAACGCUGUGGUCGGAGAAGCGUUCGGCAUACAGAUAACCCACCAGACCAAUACGUUGAUGUACAUGUUUUUCGGUGGUAAUCUCGGUAUUUGUGCCUGGAAAAUUUGAUCGCAACAU